GUCAACCAAUCAGCUGACCUGUUCUCCAACACCACAUGCAACAUGUCCACCAAUGAUUCAACUUCCUGUUCUCCUGUGGAUGAUGGGAUGGGGACAGGAAGUCCAUAUAAGGCUCUGGAGAUGUUUUUCAUCGCCUUGGUUACAGGCUCUCUGAGUUUUGUGACUGUCACAGGAAACAUUUUAGUCAUGCUGUCCAUCAAAGUGAACCGCCACCUACAGACUGUCAACAACUACUUCCUGUUCUCAUUAGCAUGUGCUGACCUCAUCAUCGGUGUCUUCAGCAUGAACCUGUACACAGUCUACAUCAUUGUGGGCUACUGGCCCCUGGGGCCUGUGGUCUGUGACCUGUGGCUAGCUUUAGAUUAUGUUGUCUCCAACGCCUCUGUGAUGAAUUUAUUGAUCAUCAGCUUUGAUCGGUACUUCUGUGUGACCAAACCCCUGACAUAUCCCACGAGAAGGACGACUAAGAUGGCGGGGUUGAUGAUCGCAGCGGCGUGGAUCCUGUCCUUCAUCCUGUGGGCUCCCGCCAUCUUGUUCUGGCAGUUUAUCGUAGGACAGCGAACAGUGCCACCUGGAGAGUGUUAUAUUCAGUUCCUGUCUAACCCUGCGGUGACCUUUGGGACAGCAAUAGCAGCUUUCUAUCUCCCUGUCAUUAUUAUGACAGUCCUGUACAUCCACAUCUCCUUGGCCUCCAGGAGCAGAGUCUCCAAACACAAACCAGAGAAGAAGGAGAAGAAGGGGAUAAAGACUCCCAGCCUGAUAAAAAGUCAUCUGUUAAAGCAGAACAACAACAAUGAGACCAGUCCUCAGCCAAGUCCCCGAUCUACCCCCAAACUCAGUCUGGACUCAACCACCACUGCUCUGGAGGCCGUGAAGAAUGGCAGAGUGGAGGAACCAAAACCUGCUCCAGCUCCGGCUCUGACACAGCCCAGUCCAGGACUCACACAGGAGGAAAAAGAGAGCUCCAACGACUCGUCCACAGCUUUUAUUCCUCCAACAGAACCAAAGGACAAUACCAACAACAAAGUCAUAUCUUCUGAGGCUGCAACAAAUCCCAGCCCAGUUGCCAUGACAACAGACAAUCCUGCCAUGGCCAAGAUCAACCCCUCCUCAAGGUGGUCCAAGAUAAAGAUUGUAACGAAGCAGGCUGGGGACGAGUGCAUCACAGCCAUAGAGAUUGUCCCGCCUGUAGAGGGAGCCGAGAGACAUUCGAUCCCAAUCAGCCGUCCCAGGACUGUGGCAAGAAAAUUUGCGAGCAUCGCUAGAAGUCAGGUGAAGAGGAAACGACAGAUGGCUGCCAGAGAGAAGAAGGUGACCAAGACUAUCUUCGCCAUCCUGCUGGCUUUCAUCAUCACAUGGACGCCAUACAACGUCAUGGUCCUGAUCUCAACCUUCUGCCAAUCUUGUGUUCCUGACACUGUGUGGGCCAUCGGCUACUGGCUGUGUUACGUCAACUCCACCAUCAACCCUGCCUGUUAUGCACUAUGCAACGCCACAUUCAAGAAGACAUUCAAGAACCUGCUGCUGUGCCAGUAUAAAAACAUUGGCACCAGAUGA